AAAUCGUGGUAAAAAUUUAUUGUACUAAAUGAACAAUCUCUGCUGUUUAUGAUACAUCACGUAAUUAAGGGUAGUUGGAAAUCUCGUUUCGUCAGUUGUAUAGAAACGGCGUUUAAUUUCCGCGUUUUUGACGACUUUUAGUUGUCUGCAGUUAAAUUUGAGGGGCAUCCAUGCUGUCGUUAUUGUGUGCAAAAAAACAAUAGUUCUUGUCGAACUAGAUUUUGUGUGCAGCUGAACAACAUCUGCCUAUAAUUGUGCUAGCUUCUCUGAUCAUAAUUCAAAGUAAUCGAUACAGCUUUCUUUAAGGAAUAAAACACAUACUUACAACAGCGAUAAAGAGUAAUGAAAAAAAACAUGAUCGUUCGUCUCAACACGUGAGCAUGAGCAAUAACCAUCUUUUUGGAUUUGGAGCGGUGUAUGCGUUGUAAUGUUUCCAGAGGAGCAGGCAAGGCGAAAAGAGAAACUUUCUUCUAAACUCGCCGGAAGCAACAGCAAAGAAGCUUCGUCUUCACUAAGCAAUACGAAUAAGAUUACACCCGUUCUUGGCGGAGAGACGUCUUCUACUAGAGCAAGAAACUGCGAUAUAGGAGGGAGCUCAUCAUCUUCAUCCACCAUAAAUUCUAGAUCAACAUCGGGAGGACCGACCAACAAGAAAUACAGCAAGAUGUCUGCUCCCACAUCUCCCACGACCGGAGCAGGCGGAAAUCCCGCCCGAGGCCAGCCGGCGUUAGACGACCUUCCUCCGCCAAUGAGCGGACGUCCUUUGCCGCCACCGGGUGCGACCGGAGUCAGUUAUGCCGUGAGCUAUGGAACUCCAGUUGUGGCCAUCGAUAAUGCUCCAGCUUCGCGACGCACGUCUUCCGGAGUCAUCGUCAUGGAGCGGAGCACGAACGGGACUGUACGGUUCCCGGGACAUCUUCAGGGGUCUCCUCCACCACACGCUCAACAUGCGACCGCAAUGCCGAUUUCGAACAACAUGAUCGAGAUGGAGGGAAUGGUUGGCGAGAAUGCAAACUUGGUAGCUCAUAACUCUAGGACGAAAAAGUCUAGAGGAAACCACCAGCAACUUGGCAUUCAAACUUCUCAAGGCGGUCCUCCUACAACGGACAAUUUCGAUCCUUUCGAGCAUGCGGUCAAACCAGAACCAGGCAAAACCGCCUUGGUUCCUCAGCAAGGCACUGUUUUAUCUCCCGGUAGUAAUGCAGUUCUUGUGUAUAAAGACUACAACAAGCAAGAGGCAGUUGUAGAUCCGGUUCUUGUUGGAGGUGUCGUGCAUAAUAAUCAGCGUACUUGUUCUGGCAGAGUGUCGAUCCGCAAAGUGAUGACCGCUGCUUUUUCUGUGUGCUUAGGAGCUGCUGUCGGCAUCGCUGGUUACAGCAUGUUCUUUGCUGACGGUGGCGGCGGUGGAGACGGCAAUGACGUUGCUUCAGCUGGCAUGUUCGGUGGUGGAGGUGGAGGCUCCGACAACCGACAAAAUCCUGCCUCGAACGCCGCAACAGGACAAUCGGGUGAUCGUGCUUCUUCUAUCGGGACACCUGCUGGUACUGGUUCGGUCGUUCCUGAUCCUGAGGUCGCUGCUACGGGGUACUUGACGCCAGAAGUCUAUGCCGAAUUAGUGGGGGAUGCAACUGCCACUCCACCUCCUCCGGAAGCUGAAGAACAGGUCGAAGUCGAUUUGGUUGCUCAAAACGUUGACGUCCCGGUGACUCUCUCCUGGGAAGGCGGCGACGCCACGGCUGCUGCAGCUGCCGUCUUGCAGGACCCCGACUUACAGGCCGGCUUUCUCGAAGGCUUUUGCUCCGUUCUGGGUGAUGCAUUUGCGGGUGAUAACUGUGCGCAGUGGGUGAGCAUUGUGGAUGUGAAACCGGCGACUGCUGUUUCUCGUAUGCUCACCGCUUCUGAUGCGUCCUCUCCCUCUGCGGAUGUUGCCCUAGACGUCAAAUACGAAGUCACAGUCGCGGAUGACGCAACGGCUGAAGUUGUCGAAGACUUCGUCGAAGAAGUCGACGAGACCGUUAUCAAGGCCGCUCUAGAGACUAAGGUCAAGGAAAAGACUCAAGGUCUAGAGCGUUUCGCCACAUUGCAGAUUCGCUCUAUCAAGAAAAUGAAGGCUGCUGGUCGUAAAGAGACGAAGAAGAAAAUCCCCAAGAGCAUGCUAAUGGGUGGAGACUCGGCUUCUUCUUCGGAAGAUGGGAGCAGUGCAUCUUCUGGUUCUGGUGCUUCUGGAGGUAGUGGAAGUGGAGGCUCUUCUUCUGGUUCUGGUGCUUCCGGAUCUAGUGGCACAGGUUCUUCUGGUUCUGGCAAUGGCUCUGGCAACAAAGGAGAUGUUGGCUUUCGUUCCGUCAUCCCCUCUGCAAAAUGGGAUUUGUCUACGCAGAUGCGCGCAGCAGCCUGCAACAUGAAACAGACUCCUGAAUCCGUUGCCAAGAUGCUCUCUGCUUUGCCUGACUCGGACCCAGGUUUGAAUCCGACGUCCUGGACCCAUAGUCCUUUGCCACAAUUCACCCAGUUGGCGACGCAUUCUACUGUUGCCGACGCCGUGGAGGACCACGUGGACGGCGUCUUGCGGUCUUUUGAGCAGGUUUUCGGUGAACUACCCGCUGUCACGCCGGGGGCAACGAAGCCUCAGAUCCGCAAAUUGUACAUCCACCUCGAUCAAGGCCAAUGGAACUGUCUGGAAACCGACUUGGAGAACCUCCAGAAAGACGAAGAGCGUGAAAAGUUCGAGCGCAAAGAGCAAAUUUCCAAGAUCAAAGAAAAAGAGCAGAAAGUGCGCCAAGACCGUCAGAAAGAACAGGAAAAGCAAAUGGAACGCAAAAAGAUGGAGGCUGAAGCCCGUAAGAAGGCGGCUGAAGAACGUCGUAAAGCUGCUGAAAAAAAGAAACAAGAGGCGGAGCGUUUGGCUAAGGAAGCUGCGAAUGCUGCGGAUGAAGAGGCUCGCUUGGCUGCGGAAAAGAUGAAACGCGACGCAGAAAUGGAAGAGCGGAAGGCGAAGAGAGAUGAAGACAAAGAAAAAGCGGAGAAGACGAAGAUGGAGACACGGAAAGAACGGUAGUAGAGCAAGACUCUUUCUACUUCUUGAUUGACAACAAUUAUGAAUUUCUUCUCUGAAUUUUUUGAAUUUCAAUAUAAAACAAAACUUAGUUUUCAUCAAGUAGAACGAGGAGCAACUUCAUCUUGCACAAUCGGUCUGAUCUUAUAGUACAUGAACAUAAUUACUAUUACAUUCCAUCUUUCCCACACUGCAUCAUCAAAACCGGACCACCACACAGUGUCCAAAAGCAGUUGAAGCGCGAGCGCGCCGCCACUGACCGCACCAAGAAUGAGGCUGCCGCUGCUGAAGCCCGCAAGCGCAAGGAGCAUGCUGAGACCCGUGAAGACCGUGAAAAAGCUGAAGACGAAGAACUCGACUCGCAGGACAAUGCCGUCUUCGCCAGACUUGAGGAAGCCCAAGUGAGUGCUGAGGUCGACGGCCUCUUAGCUGAAGAGGAAGUCCAACGUGCUAUCCAACUCAAGCUUGACGGAGAAACCGCUUUGGAGGAUGCUCAGGCUAAACGUGAGGAUUUCGAAAAAGCAUGGAAAAAAGCUGUCGAAAAGGCUGAUCAAGCUGCUGCUUCUGCAGACGUUGGUGAGCAAGUGAAGACGCAACUGCAAGAGGAAGCAGAGAAGGUCAAGGAUGAAAUGCUCAAGGAAUUCGAGCGCGAGGAAAAAGCGAAGGCCAUAAAGGACGAAAUGGAAGCCAAAAUUGAGGAAAUGCAAGCAUUGAAAGAAAAGAAGAAGAAAGAGGUAUUGAUGCUUCAAUUUCGUAUGUACUUAGACUUUUUAAAAGAUGCUCUUCGUUGCACUUGCAGCUGUUCGAGUAUGUACAACCACUUCAUUUAUCCACCAAGCUUAAUCUGUUGUAAUCAAUGAUUUUUAAUUUUUGAAUUCGACACUACACUCAUCCUCCCCUCUUCACCCAUUUAGGCCGAAAAGUUUGCAACGAAAGUGACCGAAGAGCGCGCCAAGCGCAUGGCUGCGCGUGAAGAGCGCAUGAAAAAGCGUGCUGAGGCUGAGAAAAAGCGUCGUGAGGAAGAGGCCGAAGAGGCUCGUAAGGAAAAGGAACGCCUGGAGGCUAGAGCGAAGGCUGCUAAGGAUGCUGCAAAAAAGAAGGAGUUGGAAGAGCAGGCCAAAGAGCAAGAGCGCAAACAGGCUGCGGCUGAAGAACGCAAGAAACAGGCUGAGGAGAAACGAAAACAGGUACUACUUGUUUUUAAUAUCUCUUGUGAAAGACGGAUUUUUGUUUCAUUAUAGUUUCGAUCAUAAAGGGUGUUAAAAUUGACUUUAGUUUGGUCUUGAGUCGGGAGUACUAACGUCUCACUUUUGAAACCUUUUGUUCUAACCAUCAAUACAAGAUUUUCUAACCACUCGUUAAUACUAGGCCGAGAAAAAGGAGGCUGAGGCUGAGGCUGCGCGCAAGAAGGCCAAGGAGGAACGCGAGAAGAAGGAGCGUGAGGAAGCUGAGGCUGAGAAAAAGCGGCAGGAGGCUCGUGAGCGUGCCAAGGCUACGGAACAGGCUAAGCAAAAGAAGGACCAGGAAUGGGCCGAUUGGGCUAGCCGCGAUCAGAACAACAAGAAGAACGCGGCGGCUAAUACGGAGGACAAGAACAAGAACAACGUCGACGAAGCGAACGCUCCUAAGGACACCAAGAACGGAGAUGGAGCUGGUGCUGGAGACAACAAUAACAAGCAAGCUCAGGAGAACGACAAAAAGAACACGUCUCCGGUGAACAAACAGGGCGCCAACAACAACGAAAAGAAGAAUCAGUUGCCUUGGUGGAUGCAGAAUCAAAACACGAACAAGAAGAAUGGCGGAAAACGCAGUCUGAGUGGGCUCUUCUCGACCAUGAAGUUGAAACGGUUGGCGCGUAAGAGUUCCUAUGAUGAAGAUGUAUCCGACAAAGACGGACUUGUCCAGUUGCGUCGUCGUGCAGAUGAACAAGCCGAAGCCAAAGCUGACAUGUCCAAGGCCGACAAGGAACUCUGGGAAAAGGAAUGGGCUCACCAACAGCACGAAGCCGAAGAUAUGGAGAAGGAAGAGCAGGAAAAGGAACGCGCCCACGUCCAUCUCGCGCACAAGAAACGCCGUGAUCAUCGUAAGCCCAUGACAGUUCCCGCUACGGUCUCCUACACUCCGGUUGAGACGCUGAACCAUGGUGGAGCUGGAAGCGACAGUGGCAUGCUUUCCACGACCGAUCCGUUGUUGUAUUCCCACGUCGGCUUGAAAUUCAUCCCUUCGAAUCCGGAAAACGGAAAGUUUUUCAAGGGGAUGAAGAAGCGCAAUUUGGUCUUGGACUUCGGAAAAUGGAAGAAUAAGCAAAGAUUCUUCGGUUUCAAGCGAUUGAUCCUGCACACCAGCAUGGGUCGUGAUCGUUCUCGCAUGCAGGAAAAACUCAUGUCGGAUCUCUACGCUCUCGCCGGUCUAGCAGUGCCUCAUACGCAGUUUUACGUGGUCUACAUGUCCAGAACCGAGGAUGGCAUUGUCCCGGCAUCUGGCUCCAGCGACUACAAGUACUUGGGAGUCUUUACGGCUUUAGAAGACCCGAAUGACACGGUUCGCGAGACCGGGUUUUUCCAGGAGCAAGCUAAGGGAGUGGAAGUGGAGGACUUGGCGGCACGUUGGGAGGAUAAGGCUUAUGACAUUCGUGCCGAGUGGAAAGCGACGAUCGGAAUGACGCCGAAACCUGAGGAAGAGACGACCACUGUGGCGCCACCGUCUGGUAGUGACAGUCGUGUGCUCCGAGGACGUGAACUCGGUGGCUCUGCUCCUGGUGCUCUUGUUGCAGGUGUUGCGCCGAGUCUUGGCCAUCAACAAAGCUUCCCUGGUUCGCCUUUGCGUUUCUUGCAAGGUAGUUCUUCUCGCGAGCUCCAAGUCGACAACCCAUUCUUCCAUCAAACCGGUGACCUGUACAGUCCCACGCCGACCUCUAGUCGCUUGCUGAUUAAGGAGCGCGUGAUGAAGCCCACCGACCGCGAAAAAGAGCCUCUGGAGACUCCCGAAUUGAAUGCUGAAGCGUUUAAAAUCCGCGUCGAGAAAGAAAAACUUCUACGAGCCAAAACGGACAACAGCACGGACACCAAAGAGGGUUUGAGAGAGUACCAUCUCUUGCCGAAACGGGUUGUCAACGGCACUGACAGUCUGCGUCCAUUCCAAGAUUAUCGUGCUUUGGUUGAUGUGCUUAACAAGUUGCCACGACGCAGCAAGAUUUUGCGUACACCGAUCAUUCCGGAAGAUGAUGGAACUGGAACUACGGAUGGCACGACUGGUGGCACUACUGGUACUGAUGCGGACUCUACAUCUGGAUCUGAAGAUGUUUUACGCGCUCUCCAGACCAACAACGAUAAGAGCACCGAUGAGAAGAAGCGCAAGCGCUGGCGCAUGCAUUUGCGUUAUGACUCUGAGAGGGAUCCGACUGCACUGGUUUGGCGUUCUGCUAUGCGCAAGGCUCUGGACACGUAUUCCUUCAUGAAGUACCUUGCUGUCGCUAACGCGUUUGCCGCGCGCGGUCAGUACGGGCACAAGACUGGAGGUUACCGCUUGUACAACUCCAAGGUUGGCCAAGGCGCACGCUUUUCCCAUGCUGGAGAGCCGAUCGUUCGCCCUGCUGUGAUGCCACCAACGGAGUGGACGGCCAAAUGCGGAGACAUCACGUGCAACUUCAGCUACCAACCGAUUGCUCAGACAAGGCCGACUGAGAGUCAACUGCAUCCUUACUCUGGUCGUUUGACGUGGAUGCCCACUCGAUUCACCAAUGCCUUUACCAGAAACUGGAAAGUGCGCGAACUGAACUACAAGUUUGUCAAACCAGGAUGGCCGCUUCUGCAGUACACCUACGAAGACAGCGUCUUGCGCAGCUACUACAUACAUGCGUUGCAGACCAUGACUGGGGAGAAGGAUUGUGCCAAUGCAGGAACGGGAAACGGUCCACAACCCCGCAAGGGUUUGAAGUCGCAGUGGGAGUACUUCUUCGACAGCACAUUGUCGGAGAUGCGUUGGCGCUGCGUGUCUGCUGCUUCGGAAACGCCGACAAGCGUCGCGCAAGCUGCUUUCGCACGCAUUGCAGCUGUUGGUCGCGGUCAAUUCACGGCGGGUGAUGUUUUGGGUACUUCUAGCCUCAUGAUGAGCAGAAGAUCCUACUUCAUACAUCAUAAGUUAGAAGAUGGUAGCAUGAAGAACUGCUUGUCCUCGAAUAUUUCUAUUUCUUGUUCACCUUCAUCCUCAUCGUCCAUCUACUCUCACGUCCAUCUACUCCAAACCUGUGAUCUUAUAGUUUUCCCGCUUCACGACCUCUUAACUACAUCCCAGCUUUCUCCUCACCAUUCCACUCUUCUCAGGUAACCUCGUCAGCAGGACACAUGCUCCGAGUGGCAUUCUCAACGAAGCGCUUCUUCAUGGACAGGUUGAGUACUACAAAAACGUCUUGCUACACUUCACCACGGAUGAACCCCGCGAUCUCGAGGAGGAGCAAGAGGUCGGUGCUGGCGAAAGCUUGGUCGAAGACGCGGAGGAAACACUAGCUGAAGACGCUGAGGUCGAUUUCUUCUUUGGUCAAACUGGCGGCGCUGGCGCAGUCACUGAGCUUCUACCUGGUGCUUCUAGUUCGGCUGGUAGUGGUGCUUCCGAUAGUUCCAGCACUGGUGUUGCUGGAGACUCCUCUGCCGCUACUUCGUCUGGCAGUACCGGCACUGAUGUCGAUUCCACUUCUGACGAUGGUGAACCACCUGUGUUGACAGCCGAACAGGAAGCGGAGCAACUUGACAGUGCAGAUCAGACCGAAGAUUCCACUGCUCUCGGUGUUGGCGGUAUUUUCGACCUUCGUGUUGGAGGCAGUGUCGUGUCCACUUCCAGUGAUGUCGGAACGGGAGGGAGUACCUCUACGGAUACGGACACGGACGCAACGACUUCUCUGAUCGCCAUUCGCAAUACGAACUCGACUCUGAUGCAGGCUGCGACUGGAUCGGAUGAAAAGAAGAAACCGUUGGAUGCCAAAGAAGCGUUCCUUAAGGGCGUGACGCAACUGAAGAAGCGCCUGACAAACCGGGUGAACGUGGUCAAGAAGGGCGUCAAAAUGCUGAUUCGUCGUGAGGUACGCAGAACGCUGUACAGCGUGUAA